AUGGGUUGGCCGCAUCAGAAUGUGGAUGGGCAAGACAGUGUAAAGAAAGUAGUGUCAUUGCGGGUUAAGUGCUCUAGCGUUGCGCUUGAGCUAAUCGAUGCUCACUAUGCUAAAAUCUGGGAAUUGGUACAAAUAUACUCGAAUUUGCCCGCACCACAAAAUUCGGAUUUGAUUUGGAUUCAUCUUAUUCAUUCCGUUUCCACAAAUCAUCUGUGUCAAUAUUCGUGA